CUUCCAGGUUCCCACGAUAUCCACACGCCACUCUCUUCUCUCAUUUUUCUUCGUAUUCAUCGCUCACACUUCCUUCUUCACUUCUCACCUUAUCCUUUCUCUGCAUCUCUCUUUCUCAAAAUGUCCAAUGAAGGCUCGAACGAACUCUCUGACUCACUCCAACUAAACGACUCCACUCUCGAACAACCCCAAAAUGCGGAAGAAGAGCAGGAACUCGAGUCAGACACUGACUCCGACGAGUCGUCAGACGAUGACUAUCUCGAAGCAGAAGAAGGGGACACUGAUACUCUCACCUACACUCGACCUGGCGACGAGCUGCCCGAAUCCGAAAACACGCCUGAGACCAACAUCAAGAUGUUCAAGAGAGUCCUUGAGAGCAAGCGAAUGAAGAGAAUGCAAGAGGGUGAGGACAGGGAUUACGUGUUCUACGAAGAUUUGUUCGAUUUCCCUGAGGACCCGGAGCGUUGGAUGGAGGAGGAUUUGCAGGAGCUAUGGGCUGAUGCUCCGCUUGAGAUGUCCAAGCCCGGGUGGGAUCCGGUCUGGGCCAACGAGGAAGACUGGGACGUGGUCAAUGAAGAGAUUAAGGCCGGCAGGGACCCGCCAAUUGCGCCCUUCUAUGUGCCGUAUAGGAAGCCAUACCCGCCAAUACCGGAUAAUCACUACGAUAUCUCGAACCCCAAGGCGGUAAUCGAGGAACUCGAUAGAAUAGAGGAAUUCCUCCAGUGGGUCAGCUACAUUUUCCCUGAUGGGAGCUCGUAUGAAGGCACGGUCUGGGAUGACUUGACUUGUGCUAGGUACCCUGGCUUUAUGGAGAAAGGUCGGUACCGCUACGCUGGCCAGUGGAAGCAUAGUAGAAUGCAUGGAUGUGGUGUCUAUGAAGUCAAUGAGCGUACCAUAUAUGGGAGGUUCUAUUUUGGGGAACUGCUGCAGGAUUCUCACGGUUGUGAUGAAGACAUAUCUGCGAUGCAUGCGGGCAUUGCAGAAGUGGCUGCAGCUAAGGCUCGGAUGUUUGUUAACAAACCAGAUGGAAGUAUGUACUCGGCUUUGCAAUAUCUUUUUUUGAGAAGAAUGACAGUUUUACGUUAUGCAAAGAAUUGGAUGAUUGGUGAUGCAAAAAUGCAUCCUGAAAUUUGUCCAUCAGAUGAGACUCCAGAAUUUGUUCUAAUUAACAAGGAACCAGAGCCCGACCCGACGGACCCAUCAAAGCUAAUUUAUACUGAGGAUCCUCUCAUUUUACACACAAAAUCUGGACGACUGAUCAAUUAUAUUGAUGAUGAGAAAUAUGGUGUUAGACUAUUUUGGCAGCCCCCUCUGAGGGAAGGAGAGAUAGUGGACCCAGGGAAGGCUGAGUUCUUGCCCCUUGGUUUUGAUGAGUUUUAUGGACGAGAAGUGAUUGAGAAAAAGGAAAAUGUACUAAAGCGACUUGUACUAGCAAUGGAAAAUGCAUGUAAGCCACUUUUUGAUAAAAUUGAAAAAUGGAGUGAAGAAAAGAAGAAAGGAAGCGAGAUAAAAAUGAAGCUCAUUGAAAAGGAACUUGAUCUGAUAGAAGCUGAAUUAUGUCUUGAAGAGGCCAUUGACGACAUGGAUGAGGAGUUGAGGCAGAGAGAAAAAGAAGAGGAGAAGAAGAUGGAUAUGGAUGCAUCAGAAGUGAAUGAUGUUUCUAUGCUGACUGACAAGGAUAAAAAAGUUGUAGCUCAAGAAGAGGAAGAAGAGGAAGAAGAUGAUGAAGGAGAAGAAGAUGAUGAUGUUGCUCCAUCAAGUUUUGGCUCUGUUUCUGCAGAUGAGUACCAAGUUAAGAAUGACCAGAAAGGAGGAAAGCCUCGCGACUUUCCAUUUUCUUCAUCUUCAUUGUCAUUUGCUUCGUGUAGCCUCAUUUCCCUGGUCCCUUCUAGGCUACAGGAAUCCUUUUUAUCAAGGAGGCAAAUAAGAUUGCCAGGGAAAGAAACUUGUGUUUCGCAUAUUCAGGUCUCCAAUAACUUGUGGAAACCAGUUGAUUCAGUCAGCUAUCGACCCAUGCUUGGCCAGAGAAGGAGCUUGAAGACGACAAGGCAAGUGCAGAAGCGGGUUCAGGUAAAAAACUGCCCAAAUAGGAGGAAAUCUCAAAUACAUUCCUUGAGUCGAAUUCUAUCACACUCUUCAGCUCCAAUAAGUAGUCCCAAAAGGAACUCUAAAUCACCAAGAACAGAAAAUGAUUGUUGGUUACAUGCAGCGCCUGAGUUUGAUUUGGACAGAAUAUUAUCGUUGCACACUCCUACACACUAUUUGGAAUCAUAUACAGAUACUAGUGUAUGUUAGCCUGUAUCUUCUACUCUAGAAUUUAGUAGCAACUUGAUACUUCUGGAAGAGGGUUAAUUUUGCGAAGGCACUUUUUCGUUGUAUUGGCAUUUGCUCCAAAAAUUUUCAGCA